UCUGGUCUUGUGUUAGGAUACUUCUUUUCUUUACAUGGGAAGGCUUUUAGAAGGCUUUGGUGUUGGUAUCAUCUCUUACACGGUGCCUGUAUAUAUAGCUGAGAUAGCUCCACAAAACAUGAGAGGAGGAUUGGGUUCGGUUAACCAUCUUUCAGUAACAAUUGGAAUAAUGCUGGCUUACUUACUUGGCCUCUUUGUUUCAUGGAGAAUUCUAGCAGUUCUUGGGACAUUGCCUUGCAUAGUACUCAUACCAGGCCUCUUUUUCAUCCCUGAAUCCCCUCGCUGGCUGGCAAAAAUGGGUAUGACUGAUGAUUUUGAGACUUCGUUACAAGUCCUUAGGGGAUUUGAGACGGAUAUUACCGUUGAGGUUAAUGAGAUCAAGAGAUCUGUAGCAUCGUCUACAAAGAGAUCAUCUACAGUUCGGUUUGUAGAUCUCAAGCGGAGGAGAUACUACUUCCCUCUCAUGGUCGGUAUAGGGUUGCUUGUGCUUCAACAACUCGGUGGAAUCAAUGGCGUCCUGUUUUAUUCUAGUACAAUCUUUGAAUCUGCAGGAGUUACCUCGAGUAAUGCAGCAACAUUUGGAGUCGGUGCUAUUCAGGUAGUGGCGACUGCAAUAUCAACAUGGUUGGUGGACAAAGCAGGUCGUAGGCUUCUGCUUACCAUCUCUUCUAUUGGGAUGACGAUUAGCCUUGCCAUUGUUGCAGCUGCUUUCUACCUUAAGGGAUUUGUGUCUCCUGAUUCAGACAUAUACAGUAUGCUGAGCAUCUUCUCAGUGGUUGGAGUGGUGGUAAGUUUGUUUGUUCUGUAAUAUAUAAGCCCUGUU